AUGAUGGAGAGUGGGAAUGGGAACCGUCGCUCUUCGUUUUCCCAACAACGGCGCUACCAAUUCCCUUUCAAUGCUACCCAACAAUCCAAAGUUUCAAACUUUUCUCAAAGGGCCACUCCUCCUCCUAUCACUGGUAGUAAAAGUAACGCCUCUACCUCCGAUUUCAAUGAAAAUUCACAAGGAUCUUCCAAUUUUGGGGGUUUACUUGGAACUUGUUCUUAUCUGUGCCCAGAAAGAGAGAGGAUCCAGCGUGAGAAACUUCGAGAUUUGGCAGUUUUUGAGAGGCUAAAUGGUAAUCCUGGAAAAUCAUCUCCAGCUCUUGCUGUCAAGAAGUUUUGCAGAACUAUAUCCAUCAAAGAAGUUCAAGCAUCUGAUAUGCGACCUCUUAAUGUAUUAGAAGAUACUUUAAAUUAUCUAUUGGGCUUGCUGGAUUCUAAGGAGCAUCCGUUCGAAGUAGUUCAUGACUUCAUCUUUGAUAGGACAAGGUCUAUACGUCAAGAUCUUACUAUGCAAAGUAUUAUAAACAAGAGAGCUAUUUUCAUGUAUGAGGGAAUGGUGAAAUUUCAUGUUAUAUCACAUCGCAAGCUCUGGUGUUCUACGGAUGAUCCAAACAUCGCAUCCAUGCAUCAUCUCAACAUGGAACAGCUCACAAAGACAUUGUCUUCUUUAUUCAAUCUCUACGGAGCAAAUAGAAAUUCAAAUGAUUUACAUGAAAAUGAAGCUGAGUUCCAUUCAUUCUAUGUGCUUCUUAAUCUUGGUUCUCACAGCAAACCAAUGGGAGAACCUCUUUCUUUAUGGUUUAGUCAUGUAUCAACUCCAAUAUUGAAGUCAAAAGAAAUGCGUUUUGCUAGGAGAAUCUUACGCUCGUUCCGAAUGGGUAAUUAUAUGGAUUUCUUCCGAACUGUAGCAGCUGGUGCAUCAUAUCUACAGUACUGCAUUAUGGAGCCUUAUAUCGAUGAAGUUCGUUCACUGGCUUUAUCUUACAUAAAUUUCGGCGGCUACAAACUUCAUCCAUAUCCUCUGUUCGUCCUUUCAAAACACCUGAUGAUAGAGGAAUCGGAUUUGGAAUCUUUUUGCCAUUCUUGCGGUCUUGAGACAUGUAUAGACGAAUCUGGAAAUAAGUUACUUCAAACAAAGCAAACUACCUUCAGUCCUCCCAAAGGUGGUUUCCAGAAAUAUAGCUUCUUGGGCUUGCAAGAUUAUGAAAGGUAG